AUGAGUGAACUCGACGCCGUGCUCGCGCACGCGUCGAGUGGGACGCACGCGCGGGACGACGACGCGGAGAGAACACAAUCGGUCGUGGACGCGACGCCGCGGACGACGCCGCGGGCGCUGCGCGUGCGAACCGAGACGCCGCGGGAGACGACGGAGCCGGAGCGAGGCGCGGGAGAGACGUUCGCGGACGCGCUGGAACACGAGAUCGAGCGAACGAGAUGCGAGACGCCGGUGAUGACCGCGGGUGGGAUGCCGUUGCACGCGGCGGUGGCGAGGGGGGAUCGAGAGGAGGUGACGCGGUUGGUGGGCGGCGGACGGGCGGAGGCGCGGACGGCGGUUGGGGAGACGUGGCCGCCGCCGAAGGAACCGCUGCAGACGUUGAUAGAUCAGGGCUCGCGCGAGGCGUGGAUGAUCAGGGCUCCGAGAGUGGAUCAGAGGAACGAACGCGGGGACACGGCGUUGGUGGUGGCGUGCGCGCUUGACGACUCGGAGACGUGCGAGGAGAUGGUGCGGAUAUUGAUCGACGCGGGCGCCGAUCCGAGGAUGAUGUCAAACGGUUUCGCGCCCGUGCAUUGGGCGUGUCAGUUCGGUCACGUCAAGGCGAUCGAGAUCAUGAUGUUGGCGUCGAAAGGGAUCGAGCGGGUGCGCGCGGAAGACGGCUCGACGCCGCUUCUCGUCGCCGCUGAGUACGGGCAAAUGGCCGUCGUGCGAGCGCUGCUGGAGUCAGGCAACGCCAAUCCCAUGGCGCGAGACGGUCGCGGACGCGAUCUCGUCAGCGUUCUCGGCGCGAAAAUGCAACGACAGAGUCAAUCGGCGAAGUUGGAGCUUCGACGGGAGCUUUUUAGGCGCGUCCCCUCGCUUCGUUUGGCCCUCUUGUCACAUCCCGAUUGCGAGGAGCACGUCUCAUUCAAGCCGCAUCAAGAAAGUCCUGAGCGUAUAGUCGCGAUUUUCGAAGAGCUUCGACGAGUGAUGCAUAAGGGCGAGCUUGCACAAGAAGAGUUUGAUGAGACGACGGAUUUUGGUCUCGCUGAGCCGCACGAUAUUCUCCGGGCGCAUUCGGAGGCGUACGUGCGCGUGCUCGCCGAGUUGAGCUCAAAUGUUGGACAUACGCCGAUCGCGUUUACGCCGUACUGUCAAAAUCAAAAAGGCGUGCCGGAAAAGUUGCAAAAGGAUCCAGAGAAUAGCGACACGUUUUUCUCUCCCGGCACGCUCCAAGCGGCUCUCAGAGCAGCCGGUGGGGUCAUUCACGCCAUCGAUCGAGUCAUGGACGGUAAGAAUAGAAACGCUUUCGUCUGUUGCCGUCCGCCGGGGCAUCACGCAGGAACUGAGGGUGCUACAGAAGGUGCACCAUCGAGUGGUUUCAGCAUCUUGAAUAAUGCGAUGAUAGGUGCUCUGCACGCCAUCGAGGAACGCAACUGCAUGCGCGUCGCGGUGGUUGAUUUCGACGUGCAUCACGGCAAUGGAACGGAGGAAAUCGCGCGACACUGGCUCACGAAGCAGCGUGCGCGCGAAGAUUACCAUCGUCACAGAUCGGCUGAUUUAUUCUUCACGUCUAUUCACUUGGCCGACGACGGUUCGAGUAGCGGCAUUAACUUUUACCCGGGCACGGGAGUGGUCGAUGACGUCGUGAACAACAUUGUCAACGUAGUCGUUCCACCGAUGUGGCUCGCGAAGGGCUUGAACGCGACAGCGAAUGGAGAGACGGGCGAGCGUGCUCGUAAGAAGACGAAGCGGUACAGCGAAGGUUCCGACGAUGCGCCCGUGCACACGAAGAACGGUUCGUCCCAGCAACCGUCGACGGAUCAUCAACCGCCUAGUGCGGGCGGCCGGUUAGAAUGGAUGAAAGCAUUUCGCGAGCGUUUGAUUCCAGCGCUCCGAGCGUUUGGUCCCGAGCUCAUCGUCGUCUCCGCCGGGUUCGACGCAGCCGCAUCUGAUGUCGGCAAUCUCGGCGUGGACGCAAAGCGAAACACGCGUCAUCAGGGAGUCAAUCUUCGCCCAGAAGAUUACGCAGACAUGACACGAGCGCUCUUGGGUGUUGCAAACGUGUGCGAUGGACGCGUCGUUUCCAUUCUCGAGGGAGGAUAUGGGCAUCUGAUGAACAUGAACGUCGCGAAGGACGGAUCGGUCGCUGAGGUCACACUCGGUAGGGACGGUUUUGCAAAGUGCGUCACUGCGCAUGUCAAAGCGCUGCUAGUCGGCGCGUAA